AUGAAGGAGCCCACUGGCGAUAUCCUCGCAGUAAAACCUCUCCCGGAGCUCAAGAUGAGCGGCACACCUCAGCUGCCUGCGCCGAAGCCCAAGCUCGACGCAGCCGUCAAACCUCAGCGGAAAUGGAACACCAAGAACCUCGGAGGCAGGCUCGCAACUGACCUUGUCAGUGCAGCUUCGGCGGGAGCCAUCAUUGCUCCCGUCAUCUCCAUCAUUGACCGGACCUUCUCUCGCCCAAACAGAUCGAUCAUGGAGAACGCCUCCGGCCGCGCGACAGUCGGCCAGUCCCUGGCCAACUCGUUCAAGACGCUCCUCUUCCGACCGCACCGGCUCCUCUUCUCCAAGCCCAUCGCGCUCAUCAUCAUGGUCUACGGCGGCACCUACCUGACGGCCAACACGCUGGACACGGCCGAGUCGACGCUGCGCAACAGGCCCGCCACGCACGUCACCUCGGGCACGGCCAAGUUCGCCGCCUCGUCGGCCGCCAACGUCGGCUUCACCAUGUUCAAGGACCAGGCGUACAUGAAGAUCUUUGGCCAGGCCGCCGCGGCCGCGCGCCCCGUCCCGCUGCCCAGCUACGCGCUCUUCACGGCCCGCGACUGCCUGACGGUGUUUGCCAGCUUCAACGUGCCUCCCAUCCUGGGGCCCUGGCUGUCGCAGCACAUGGCGCCCGGCGUCCAGUCGCUGGUGUCGGGCGCGACGGCGGCCCAGUUCGCCGCCCCCGCCCUGAUGCAGUUCAUCACCACGCCGCUGCACCUCCUCGGCCUGGACCUGUACAACCGGCCGUGGACGGAGCGCGAGAGGGGGCCUAGCUGGCGAGAGAGGCUCGUGAUCGUGGGCAAGAACACCGCCAUCAGCACGGCGGCGAGGAUGUGCAGGAUCAUGCCGGCCUUUGGCGUCGGCGGCGUGGUCAACAACAAGGUGCGCCUCAACCUCAUGGAGAGGCUGGUCUGA